AUGACCUCUAAUAAUCAAACCCCGCCACCCCUAGCUGCGGUUACGGAACUGCCUUUCAGUAUAUUCGAUAGGAAGCAAAAGGCUUUGAUAGUGCUCCUUGUUUCGACUGCAGCGACUUUUUCGGGCUUUGCGUCGAAUAUUUACUUCCCGGCACUGUCAACCAUUGCUAGUGAUCUUAAUGUCUCUGUUGAACUCGUCAACCUGACUGUUACCUCAUACCUUAUCUUUCAGGGCCUUGCACCAAGCCUCUGGGGUCCGAUUUCCGACGUAAGAGGUCGCCGAGUAGCAUAUACCUGCACAUUUAUUGUCUUCUUCGGUGCAUGUAUUGGUCUGGCACAGACGAAGAAUUACGCCACCCUUAUUGUUCUCAGGUGCCUCCAGAGUACAGGCAGUGCGAGUACAAUUGCCAUUGGCUCUGGUGUUAUUGGCGAUAUCACUACUCGUGCUGAGCGCGGCGGUUACAUGGGAAUCUUCCAGGCGGGUCUUCUCGUGCCUGUUGCCGUAGGACCUGUCAUCGGAGGCGCAUUAGCAGGAUCCCUAGGAUGGAGAUCCAUAUUUUGGUUCCUUACUAUCUAUAGUGGUGUUUUUCUGAUCCUCCUUGUGAUCUUGCUACCCGAAACACUUCGAUCGGUCGUUGCGAACAGUAGCCGAACACCCUCGAACCCCUUCACUCGAUAUCCGUUGACGGGGUACCAAAAAUGGACCAGCAUCCAGUGGAAACAAGAGGAAGAGCCAUCUCAUCCUGCACCUCGGAAGGAGAUUGACGUGACCGGACCUCUCCGCAUUCUCAUCAGCAAGCUCGCAGCUCCCAUCAUCAUAUACCUCGCCAUCUACUAUAGUGUCUGGCAAAUGAGCAUCACGGUCAUGUCUACCCUUUUUAAGGAUCGCUACGGACUUAGCGAAAUCCAAAUCGGUCUCACGUUUAUCGCCAACGGAGUAGGAUCGAUGGUCGGGACGCUUGUGACCGGUAAGAUCCUAGAUGCAGACUACCGUCGCGUCAAGCAGAAUUUUGAAUCAUCUUUGAGUGACAUCGAAACUGAGCCCAACUCUUCGGGCGCUGGAAUAGAUCGGGAAGAAGAAUUCCCGCUGGAAAAAGCCCGCCUUCGACUGGUUCCAAUUUUCUCUCUCCUGCAAUGCAUCUCGAUCAUUCUCUUUGGUUGGACCAUUCAAUAUCCCGAUCGUGUUCACAUUGCCGUUCCCAUCGUGUCGACUUUCAUCACCGGAUGGACGGCGGUUUCCACGCAGUCCCUGAUUAUGACCUAUCUUGUGGAUGUUUUCCCUACUAGGAGUGCAGCGGCAAGUGCCAGUCUGAACCUGGCCCGGUGUCUGUUUGCUGCCGGAGGGACCAGCUUCAUCAUGCCUAUGGUCAAUCGCAUUGGGGUUGGGGUAGCAUUUACGGUCUGCGUGGCUGUACAGUUCGUGGCGUUGAUCGGCCCGCUUGUGCAGUGGAAGUUUGCGGCAGACUGGAGAAGGCAGGAAAGGUCCUAA